AUGACCAAGGCCAGCCCGCGCCGCAAGCAGAAGAUUGGUCUUCCGAAAAUUGCCCCCGGAGCUCAGAUGCAUGGUGUAUCCAAGAAGAGCCGCAUGCUGCCGCCGGGGCCAUACAAGACAGGAUACACGGCAUCGAUCCACAUUCCUACCGCAGCCGUACAUCCCCGCCGCCGCGACCCCACACAUGCCCGCGAGUCGAGAACCGAAGGACUCCGUUGGUUGGGACAGUCUCAGCUUCGGCGUGAGCCUCUCCGCCAACAACAUCGCUUUCGAUUUGCGCCACCCCUACGAAUCUACUUCGACUGGGAGAGCGACCGUGUGUGCUGGAUGUCGACCUUGAAGUCCCGUUUGAACGUGGAUGGAGCCACCAUGAAGUUCCAGGAGCACUGUAUCUCGCUUCAAAGAAUCUGCGCCGCUUGGCAAUCAACAGCCUUCAUCGUCGUCUCUUCAAUUAUUUCCUUCCCGUGA